CUCUCAUACCGCAGGUAGUGUGGUGAACAGUGGUGAAUGAACGAUAAGCGCGGGGACGAUCGUAGCCAGCUCGCGUCACACGAUUCCUCGGUCGCGGGUCCUGACAGAGCGCGUGAAAGCGAGGAAGAAAGAAGCAGGGGAGAAAGAGGAUGGUGUCGAGACGACUGUGAGUCGGCGGGAUAAUCUGGGGUCCGACAGCAGCGAAACGGCGCGCGCGGAACAGGCAAGAGAAACGAGCGUCGUGAUGCUGUCGACUCCGCUGAUGCCGAUCACCACACGCUGGUCCUCGUCGUCGUCGUGAGCGGUGACACCCACGAGCUAAUACCGCGAUGCAAUCCAUUUACUGGACUGGACGGUUGCUGUCGCGCGCGCUCUGGAACGGCAUCGCGAGCUAUAGUACCGCGUGCGGCUCCGAGCAGCAUUCGAGCGCGGUCGUUGCAUGCAGCAGGCGCCGCGAGGCCUCGCUCGUCUCCGCCGUGUGCGGUUUUCCGAAGGACUUUGCCCGGAGCCGGAUACGCAGGGGCCAAUUUGGCGACGACGCCUGGUUCACUGCCAGAUUCAGGACAGCCGAAGUCAUAGGUGUGGCUGAUGGUGUAGGAGGAUGGCGACACUAUGGAAUUGAUCCAGGAGAGUUUUCUAAUUUCUUAAUGAGGACAUGUGAGAGACUAGUCUCCAUGGGCAGAUUUACACCUACAGAACCAGCUGGCUUAUUAGCACGUAGUUACUAUGAAUUGUUAGAAAAUAAACAACCAAUAUUAGGUAGCAGCACCGCAUGCGUAAUAGUUCUUAAUAAAGAGACGAGCAGCAUUUACGCGGCCAAUAUAGGAGAUAGCGGAUUUGUAGUCGUUCGAAAGGGAGAGGUGAUACAUCGAUCCUCAGAGCAACAACAUUAUUUCAAUACUCCCUUCCAGUUGUCGCUGCCACCUCCAGGACACUCUGAUCUAGUACUUCGUGACAGUCCAGAAUCCGCCGAUACUUCGAGUUUCGGAGUCGAGGACGGCGAUGUAAUCCUUCUGGCAACCGACGGGGUAUUUGACAAUGUGCCUGACCAGUUGCUAGUCACCGAGAUGCGUAAAGUCGAGGGCGAGAGGGAUCCAACGAAAAUACAGUGCGUCGCUAACACAAUAGCAUGGAUGGCGCGUCGUCUAGCUUUCGACGGCGCCUUCAUGUCUCCGUUUGCUCAAAAUGCCCGGGAGAACGGGAUCGAUGCAAUAGGUGGUAAACCGGACGAUAUCACGGUGCUUUUAGCAACAGUGGCGAUAUGAUAAAACAAUAAGGAACAAGUGUACAAUAGAGCCCUGAUGAUCAUUGUAUUAUAGUCCAUGUCAUCGCGUAUAUGUAUUUAGUUAUACAUCAUUAUAUUAAUCCUAUUACGCUAAUCAUUUAUUAUUUAAAUCGAAAUAAAUGGUUUUGUAAAAUCA